GUGCGCGGUGUGCGCGAGCUUCUCUUACCUUGGAACCAAUGCCUAUGUCACGGUGAAGACCACUUGUAAGGUAUGCGGGAACGUUAACAAAGAGAAGAAGGUGUUUGAGAAGAAAGACCCCACAAAAUGCGCACACAUCAACACCAGCAAACUGGCCUCUAACCGGGCAGCAGCAAAGACAUUCUGCAAGAAUUGCGGGCACGUAGAAGAUGAGAUGCCACAAGAAGAGGCCCAGAGGAGGCGAAAGGCAGCGCCGGAGAUAGAGAGUGCUACUUCUGCGUCCUUCGAUUUGAUCUCCAACAUCGGUCGGAAUGUCACUGUUGCGGUGAAGUUGGAUGCCAUGCAGACCAUGAGAUUGGUUGAGGAGUUCAAGUUGCAGGUUGAGGAUUACAUUGUGUCACCAAACGUAGAGGGAAACUCAGAACCAACGCCGACACCCAAAGAACUCCUAGAGAUUCUCAACGACCUCCUGGAAAAGAAGGUGAUGGUACAUCAGGAAGCAGCACCAUCGGUGCGAUCGUCACCGGACGAGCUGUCUCUGGCUGCACCGUCACGUGCAGCGGAUUUUUGGAUCACAAGACCGGAGAUCGAGGAUGUCUUCGGAGUCUUUGACGAUGGAGUAAACAGUGGAGUGUCGUUCAAGGGACUUGGUGGUUCGACGAAGACCUUGGGAGAUAAGAGGAUGCCCCUGUGUCGAACCAAGGGAAGCAACCUUUUGGCAGUGAAUCUGACCGGUGGCUUCCGUGGCUUGAUGCGCAUUCACGCCCACUUAGGACUAGGGGGCACACUGUAUGUCGUCAAGGUGGUGGUUGCAUGCGAGGAGAUCGCCGUGGAAAUGACCUCCGUCAGCAGACAAGCAGUUGGGUUCACGGACGAUACGACAGAUAAGCCUGGAAGAACGCGGGAGAAGACUUUCUACGUGAACACGACCAACUCUGGGCGUCAGGGCCCCAACGCCCGCGCUUGCCUUCCUGCGGUGACACACUAUGCCGAGGGGUUCAGGGCGGGCCUGGGCAGGCGCAGGCAGUGUCGUGCGAGACUCGUGUUCGGGAUCGGGGAGGAUGGAGAUCCUAUCCAUCCGCGCGUACAUGCAGUCGUGAAAGUUGUGAACGAGCAGUUGGUGAUAAGUGGAUUCUUCCUCGACCCGGAAGAUGAUACGAUGAGUCCUGCCAAGGUGCCGAUCGGGCCCUUCCUGAGCGUUUACUUUGAAGGCAUGUCGGUCCGCGAGGCUUCAGCUGCCUGGAAGGGUGGGCCGCCUGCAAGACCGAGACCUGCACCCAAAGUGAAGCAAGGCCCUGCAAUAACAGAUCCGAAGUUAAAGGAGCUGCAGGCAGGCUUGCCGCCUGGAUGGGAAGUACGAGAAUCUCGAUCGAAAAAGGGCAUUUACUUCUUUGCCCAUCCCUCGUCUGGCCGCUCUCAGAUGGAACGGCCUAGAGCGUCUCCCCUGUCAGAAGGGAACAACCUCGCGCAAUGGAUGGUUGGUGUAAAGAUCACCGCCUUCGACAAGAGCUACACCCAGUUUGAGCGACUUUACAUGACCAUCGUUGAGCAGCUCAUGGAGACGACGCUGGAGCCCUUGCGCAGUAUGGCCAAAACCAUGGCUUCUCGCGGCUAUCGUGGCUUCGUCAAGAAGAGCCUAUGCUUUCUGUCUGUGCUUAGCCUGUUUGCCGCUGCGCUGUUUUGGUCGUCAUUCCUUGAGCAGGACCGGAGAGACUCUGAACUGAAUGCAGUACGACAGCUUCAAAAGCAACUCACGCAAGAGAAGGGUCUGGUGGCCUCCUUUAGUGCAGCGGCCGCAGCAGCAGAAAAAAAGGCAGAGGCUGCCGCAGUCAAGCUCAAGGAAGCAGAGGCACAACUGGCCGCCAAGGCUGUCAAGGUUGCUGAGAUUCGAGACGCAGUUCUUGCCUCGAUGAAUGCCACCACCAGACCUGCUCGGCAAUUCGACUUAGUCUUGGACAGGCAGAUUCUACACGAUCGUGACAACGUAUCUGCAGUAGCAGACUUUGACUUCGCUCAGCGCGGAGAAAUUCUAAUAAGUAGCUGCACCGUGAAAUUAUUUGAUGUGCGAUCCGGGCAGUGUUUGGCGACCUACGACAGUUUCGAGUCACAGGUUUCCUCUGCGACAUUUUCGCCAGAUGGAUCGGGCAUUUUAUGUACCACUGUACGAGGUUUCGCGGCAGUCUGUGCGGCUGCAUCAGAUAAGCAAGUUCACAUGUCCCACGCCGGCAAGUGGAGCCGCUGUGCUCAUUUCAUCUCAGAAGGCAGCGCAAUUCUUGCCGUGCUGCGAGAUGGUACUGCCCGAAUAUUUGAUGCAGGUUCUGGGUGUGUAACUUUGCACUUGCGAGAGAACGGGGUGGUGUGCGAUGCUGCAGUCUCGAAGGACAAGUCAAAGGCCACUCUGGUAUCGAGCGAUUGUACGGCAAGGAUAUACUCCCUGACAGAACCACGCAUUGCGUGUUCGGUGCUGGUUCGGCAACUUGGGGAUUACAUCCCUCCGCAGCCUGUCAGCUUCUCUGCUGAUGGUACACGCAUAUUGUUUGCAUUGGAUUGUUGCCAUGUUAGAGUUCUCGAUGCAAGCACCGGCGAGUUCCUCAGCCUGUGCGAAGGCGGAAUGCAGCAUAUCACUGCCGCCUGCUUUUCGGGGGAUGGACAGUUCGUGCUGGUCUCGUAUUAUCGUUCCACUGUAAAAGUCUUUGAUGCAACAACUGGAGUCUCUGCAGUCCGCCUCGUCACCAUAGACGUCUUGUCGGUCUUAGAUUGUGAGGAGCCAGCUCCGCUCGACUCAGCGCCUCCGCCAGGUCACUACACAUCCAUAGGCUUGGCUGCCGUGGCAGUGCGGCCCCGAGACAAGAAAUACCAGAAACGAUUCGCCAUCUCAAUUGCUAGCCAAAGAUGCUACGCAAAGAAGCACGGUUCGAAGCAAAUUGAGGACAUCAAGCGCAUUGCUGGCUUGCAAGAGGCCACUCUGUCCUUUGAAGAGAAGCAGCAGAUCGAGCAAAGACGGGCACAAGCAGCCGAACGAAAGGACCUCUUGCGAGCACAGACUGAGCGCAAGCGACAUGAGGCCAGUGAACUUCAGUCGAAGCUCGCAAGGCGAAGAGCCCGAGAGCAGAUGCAGGAUGACUGCAUGGAGACUGAGGCCAUCUCCCAGAGGGUGGUCACAACCGAGCCGAUGGCAUUGGUCGAAUCGCUUGACCAGCGCGGUAACUCGUUUUCCACAGCUCCAACUCAGAACAUCCAAGCUGACGUUGUUGUCCCGCCUACGCAAGAGCCGCGCAGCACACAGCGGACACAUGAGCCCGUGAGUGUCAAAGAGCACGAAGUUGCUGCCGAUGGUGUGAGCUUAGUCGAGGAUGCAUUUGCUCAGUCUACCAAGAGGCUUGACAUCCGUGCCAGCUAUGAGUAUGCGGUUAUCGACCCUUCGGAGUAUCCGGCCUGUGACCAGUUUCGUGAUUUCUUUUUCCGAAAGCAUUGCUCCGUGGCACGUUUCCUCGAGACGACGUCGGGCGAUCACAUUCUGUUUGUUUUCGACGGUGACAACCCCGUGGUUUGGCUCGACAGAGGCUUGGACCAUUGGUUGAAGGAGGUGGCCGCAACGGAUGUUGUCCUGUACGAGCGCUGGAUGAAUAACGAGAUCAUGGCAGGAAACUAUGCGGUGAGGAACUCGGACUUUGGCAUCCGCUUUCUUGACGAUUGGGCCAGCUUUGAAGAGGAGCUUCCAAGAAGCGGCUACCACUCCUCCGACAACGGUGCCAUUCACCUACACUUGCUUCGCGUACUGGGCUUGAAGAAUGAGAAGCCCUGCAAGUACCAGUGGGAUCAUCUUGGAAGCGAUCGUGAUCAUAUGGACGAAUACUAUGGCUUCGUUACUUGCGCAAGGCUGGUGAUGGGUGCCCCAAGACGGUGGAAGAUAGCUGGCACGCCGCGAGUCACGAUCCUACCUCGAGGCCAUGCCUGGGCAAUCGAUGGUGGCGAUGCUGACAGCCACGUGUCAUCAGUUGGUGCAAUUUCACAUCAUGGACAGAAGACGGAAGCAAACUAUCGACAGUAUUUUCAGGACAGCUUUGUCGACAACGGCGGCUCCGACUGCGAUGCGAUGGUCAGGAAAGGCUUCUAUGUCGACCCGCGGCAGUACGGCGAGUCGCUGUUGAGCAAGCUGAAAGCGCGUACUGACGGCGCCAUGCUAGACUGGACUCGACAGCACGUCCCGUCCUGGGACUUCGCCUACUUGGGCUGCAUGGCGACCUUGUCCUGCCGGCCGCUGGAUGACGGUGAAGCCCUCCCCGUCAGCAUACCCAGGCCGAUACAGUCGUCGAUUCCCUUCAAGAAGGUCCCGAAAGAUGCCAAAUUCGAGGUGUGUGCCGGAGAGUGGGAGACCUGCAAAUGCGUGGGCUUCGUGUAUUUCGGAACGAAAACGCGCCGAAGUCCUGUCGUGGAGGUCCAAGCUGGCGAAGGCAAGAUCGACUGCCGUGCUGAUAACUUUGACGGGGAUCCGGCCAUUGGCGAGAUCAAGAAAUGCCACUGCGCACCUGCUGCCGAAAAAACGUGCGAUGCGCUCCUCAGCACAUCUGGAGAUCCCUUCCGGGAGGUUCAAGCCGCUUCUCUAUGUCAGCGCCUGGGCCUCCUGAAGCAAGAUGUCGACUUUGGGGGCAGGAAUCAAGUCAUGCAUUUUGACUCCAGCCUCUUGGAAAAGGCGCACAGAGUCCUCCAAAUGGAAACAUAUGCCGAGGUGCAAGAGAUGGCACGUGCACUAAUUCAGGACUUCGAGUCUUUGUGCAAGGUCCUGUUGCACUUAAAUGACAACCAAGCCAAGCCGGAACUCAAAGAGAAUGCAGAGUUGACUUCUGCGAUCUUGAGGCUUGAGCAGGUAUGGGCUGACUGCCAGUUCAUCCUUCACCAGGGCUGCCUGGACUUCAUCGAGGUGUUGGAGAGAGAAGUCUUGCCCCAGCUAAGUCCGAUGUUGAGAUGGCAAAUCGGAAUUGCGCUGGGCUGCUCUGAAGGAAGACCUCUGGACCCCGAUGUUACGCAAGCGGACAUUAAGGCGGCGAAGGUGGCGCUUUACCAGACGGUGCCCAUGAUGGUCUACGUGGAGGAGCUUUGGCGGGAUGCCAACCCAGAAGAAUCCAGCUGCGUGUACUUGCUCUUUGGCUGCCAGUAUGGAAAGGGCGCACGGCCUUCAAGUUAA